CGGAGAGAGGGAGAGAGAAAGAGAAAGCGCAAGGCGAUGGAGGAGGAUGAUGCGACGAGGUCGAGGUCCGUAGCUUUUCGUUGCAGGUCUGGAAUUCUUUCUCGUGUCGAGCAGAUUGCAAUGUCGAGCUUUUCGUUGAUUUCCACGAGCUCGGAGGCUUACCUUCCAAAUUACCCUACGAGGCGCAAUCAUCACAGGCCUAGGACCGAGAGACAAAUACUGAAUUGCUUUUCGAACUGUCAUGUCAUCCCCAUCCAAAGCCCUCUGAGAGAUCCAGUGCCAGCGGCAGCAGCCGAGGAAGGCAGGGGCAGGUGUUUGUCUCGUCAUGAGUACCACCGGGCUCUGAAGCAAAAGCAAAAUUCAACAGAGCGAAGUCGUUGUGAGAUGAGCAUGCGAGGCCAUUGGCUACAUGAACUUUGCCUUGGCGAUCAAGCAAGGUCACACACUCGCCUCGUCGUGGGCUCCACCUACAAUCUGAGCCCAUGCAUCCAUGCAUCCAAACCGAACUGUAAACAUGGAGCUGCACGUUCGCAGCGGCAUUCACAAUUUCAUGCAGCCCCAUAGGGCCAGAGGGUGCAAGGGUAGAUGCUCGUACGAUUCACAGCUAAAGGCUUGUGUGCAUUCAUCAAUCAACCGGAAGUAGACUGCCACCAUGCUCGACUCGUGAUAAACGACAGUAUCAUGGAAAAACAGAACGAUUGCAGAGCUCGGCUUGCA